AUGGACCGCGAGGAUUCGGUUAGGCGAGGAUUCGCUUUAGAACCAUCAACAAACGGCCAGUACAAAAUCACUUCCUUGUCCACCUUGAGAAGGCUACAAUCUCAUCUCUCAUCACCUCAGAGGAUUGUAGUCCUGCCUGGACAGUUGGAUGAGGCAACUAUUGAGAUGCUCACAUCUCACGGCGUGCCACACGAGUUUGUGAAAUCUCAUCUAGAAGGCACAGAAUACAGCUGGAGGGGUAGCAGGCCUCAAGAUGCCAUCGCAGCUUAUUUCUGGGUAGUGCCCCAAUUUGUCCGUUGCUGCGGCCAAUGUACGACUGAUGUUUUUGAAUAUACAACCAAUUCUCGAGGACGGGUGGUACUGCUUAGCGUUUCACUAUGGGUAUCAAAGCAACAGCUCAUUUCUGUACUGCUCGUCCAACGGUCUGUUACAAACUGCGAAGAGACAGAAGUCCCAGCCGAUCCAUCUCUCGAGGACGAGUUACGCAGAAAGCUGCCUCAUGCUGGUCUUACAAUCUCCAUUAAGGAUUAUAUCAAUCAACUGGCUUAUGAGCGAUGGGUGGAAUAUGUUGCCGAACUCAAUAUUGAGACAGUGUCUUCUGACCUGCUUUGGAGAGCAGCCGAGGCAGUCGAGCAGAACCUCGAUACGGCGAGAUAUAUUGCUGCAGAGGGAGACGCACUGUAUCUAGCUGAUGAACGCGCUUGGGAGGGUAUGCUUCGAAGACUAGAUUUCCGUAUGCGCUGUUUCAAAGCUUGA